UAUGAGACGCUCAUAAAAAGAAGAGUUGCUCAAGCGCCUGGACACUGUUUUUCCGUUGAACUUAAUAACCAGUCAUUACAUUGUCAACAUGGCAGAAAGUGUGACAGAAGUGCCGGUUCUAAAUGAAACUUUUAAUGGAACAGCAGAAAAUGCGACUGCUAAAAUUCCCUCAACGCCAGAGGGAAUGUUUGUGGCAUAUAGUAGCCUGGUUAUAAUGGCUUUAAUUCCGAUAUUUUUAGGUUCUUUCCGAUCUGUUCGCUACCAUAAGGAACAAAAAGAUUCUGGUGAGAAGCCAGAGACAAUGUCAAGCAAGGAUGCUGCAAUGUUCCCUAUCAUUGCCAGCUGUACUCUGUUUGGCAUCUACAUCGUCUUCCAGAUUUUCUCCAAAGAAUACAUCAACAUGCUUCUAGCGGUAUACUUCUUUUUCCUUGGAGUUCUUGCCCUGGCACAUAUUUUGAGUCCAAUCCUGCAUCCAUUGAUCCCUCCACUGUUUCCCAACCAGGAAUACCACCUAAUUUUCACUGAGGGACCAGCUGAGAAAAAAGAAGAGUUGGUCAACUGGAAGUUUGACCGUAAAGACCUUCUUGUCCUUGUGUUGUGUGGAGCUGUUGGACUCUGGUACCUCAUCAAAAAGCACUGGGUAGCCAACAACCUGUUUGGGCUGGCUUUUGCUGUGAACGGCAUUGAGUUCCUCUCUCUGAACAGUAUCACCACUGGCUGUAUCCUGCUUGGAGGACUCUUCAUCUACGACGUCUUCUGGGUGUUUGGAACCAACGUCAUGGUCACUGUUGCCAAGUCUUUUGAAGCUCCAAUCAAACUGGUAUUUCCCCAGGAUCUGUUGGAGAACGGGCUGGCAGCCAACAACUUUGCUAUGCUUGGUCUGGGUGACAUCGUUAUCCCCGGCAUCUUCAUCGCCCUCCUCCUCAGGUUUGACAUCAGUCAAAAGAAAGGCAGUAGGGUAUACUUCUAUGCCAGUUUUCUUGCAUACUUCCUUGGCCUCCUGCUAACCAUCCUGGUGAUGCACUUCUUCAAACAUGCACAGCCUGCGCUGCUGUACCUGGUACCAGCCUGUAUCGGAGUCCCGGUAUUGGUAGCCCUUGUCCGCGGGGAAAUCAAGCCCCUCUUCAAGUACGAAGAUAACCCAGAGGAAAAAGAGAAGGAAGCUGACAAAAAGGUUGACGGGAAGAAGGAAACAGUGACGGAGAAGAAAGCGAAGAAGGAGAAAUGAGGAGAGUUAGGAGAAAUAAGAAGAUCUCCUACUGUUAGGUGCUGGGUCAAUGUUUUUGGAACUGUGUUUGUAAUCUUGUCCUCUUGCUGCUUCAAGUGCAGAGGUCAAUGGUUUGUUAAUGAUUUAUUAGGGACAGAUUAUUUUAAUUCUAGGAAUAUAUGUUUUAUAUUUGGUUAUAGCUGUUCAAGCAGGACCAGUAUUAGCUGUUAAGACAGGAAAGCCAUUUCCACAACUGCCAUUAAAUUAUCCUAAAUCCUGAGCAUAUAAUUAUUUUUCUUUUCCAUCUCAUAAUACUCACUCAGGGUUUUAGCUGAAGAGUAAUAGGAGGAUGCUGCACCCGGCCGUUCUCCGCUUUGACUGACAUAUGCACCCAUAUGUUUUCUUAGAAUUUAAUGUUUUAGAUAAUCAAUUGUUGUUUAAAAGCUUAUUGUAUGAUAAUAAACACAUACACUUACUUAACUGGCAGUUGAAACCACAAACUACUUCAAUAUAACAUAUUUAUAAUUUUGUUUGCCAAAUUUGCAAUAUAGUUCUUUACAGCCUAAUUCAAUGUGCCUGCAGUAUCCUGCCUUUUUUAACCUGGACUAAAACCCUAGACACACAUAAAAUCAAAAUUUUUAACUGCUAAUUUCAUUGAUUUGCGUGAUUCUAUAACAUGUCAUAUUUUUCCAUCAAAGUUUAUUCACAAGUUUUUUGUUGUGAAAUAUAUCAUUUGAAAUCAAGCAUUUCGUAUGUGAGCAUGAUUGUCAUAGAGUUGAAAAGUUACAAGUUUUAUUAUUUUAUAAUUUGACUGAUUAAAGCAUGACAAGCAAAAUCCAUUCAGUAAAAAAACAAUUGUAUAUAUAUGUAGCAUUUGUCUGGCAUCAAACAUGAUGUUUGUUUAAACAUAUUUUAUUUCAUGAAAAGGUUCAAAUUGGUUCUAAUGAGUUGUGUAUUUCAACACAAAUAUGUUAGCAUUUGAUUGGGAGCUAAAAGUUUUUAAAGGCCAUCUUCUAUGGCAUCAAAAAGUUAUGGUUUUUUCUGUUUGUCUUUUAAAGACCAUCUUCUAUGGCAUCAAAAAGUUAUGUUUUUUUCUGUUUGUCUUUUAAAGACCAUCUUCUAUGGCAUCAAACAGUUAUGUUUUUUUCUGUUUGUCUAUAAAUUUCAAACAAUGUCUAAGCCUGAAGAGAAAAACAUCAGUUUUGAAUCUCUUACUUGUAUUUUCCGCAUAACCAUUCAUGCCAUUCCAACUUUAUUAUUUUAAUCCUACAUGUAUAUUAAUUUCUCAUUAGUGUUUGUUGUAAGAAAAGUGUCAUUGCCCUAAUGUGCAUGUAUGAAAACUGUAAAUGGUUUGCAUAAUCUAGUCAACAUCAUUUCAGAAGAGAGUAUGUAUAUAUUUGCGUUGAUGUGUAAAUAUCAAGGUAUAUGGACUAUUUGCAGUAUGGAGGUUGAUGCACACACUGUAUUUAUUAGACUAAAACUGUUUCUCUUUUCAAAUGUUAAGUGCUUAAAUGUUCUAAUGUUUUAACUGAAUGUUUGUGCAGUGCAAUACCUUUUUUUCUGAUGAAAGAAUAUAAUUUUAGAACUUUGAAAUACCAUUAAGCAUAGGCUGAUGGAGAUUGUCAUAUAAUGGAAUAGUUGUUAAUUUAUUAGAAAGCUACGCUUUAUUUAUUGUAACACAAACAUCAGCUCUUGGAAUAAAUAUUGGAAAAACUUG